AACACUCAUCUAUCGGACUCGGUUCAAAACAAACAAAUUAUAACCUUUUAUUAAUAUAACAAAAAUUAAAUAUCAUUGUUCAUAAUAAAAAAUGGUUUGUGAUAAAUGCGAGAAAAAACUUGGUCGCGUCAUCACCCCUGAUCCUUGGAAGACGGGAGCUCGUAAUACUGUGGAGUCUGGUGGUAGGAAAGUCGGUGAAAACAAAGCGCUAACAGCCAAAAAAGCGAGAUAUAAUCCAUAUACCUCAAAAUUUUAUGAAUGCAAGAUUUGCCGAACAAAAGUCCAUCAAGUUGGUUCACACUACUGUCAAGCUUGCGCUUACAAGAAAGGAAUAUGUGCUAUGUGUGGAAAGAAAAUACUGGACACUUCAAAUUAUAGGCAGAGUUCGACUUAAAUUAACAAGCCUAUUAACCAAUUCAUAAACAAGGAGGUUCUCAUUUUACUGUAUAUUUUAAAACCUUUAACAUACGCACAAAUAUAUGUUAGUAUGAACAACAACUGUCAUGUUAAGUAAAUUUAUAUUAUUAAGUUGUUAAAAUAGUGUUAAGGUAAACACAGGGUUAUUCUUAUCCCAUAUAUAUAAUCUGUGUAAUUAAUUUAAAUAAAUAAAACUUUGAUAAUGAAUUGAUUUAUUAAAAUUUUAUCCUUACAAAUCUAAUGAGAUCUUUGUAUAAGAAGUUUGUAUUGUAGUAUGAUAGUAGUAGUAGCGAUUUUUAAUAAUAAAAAAUAAUAAUAAUCAUAAUGACAUUGAUGAGUUAUUUGAUUUUUGUAUUUUUUUUUUAUUAUACAUGCAUGGGUUCAGCCAAAGUCACAGAUGUUGAUUAAAAAUUUAUAUAAUAUUUAAUUUUUUUUUAUUUUAUUUGGCCUUACUUCAAGUAAAACACUUUUAUAAUGAUAUUGUACAUAAUUAUGUUCAUUAAACACAGUUAAAUAUACCAUAAUAUCUUGGUUUGAUAUAAUGCUAUUUAAUAUUCAAAAAUUUUAUAGUCGUCAUGUACCUACAUGAAAAGAUUGAAGCAAUUAUUUUUUUUAUUCUAUGAUAAGAAACACAACAAUAAUGUUUUUGAUUUCUUUUGUUUGUACGAAGCUAUUAUUAUUUGUGUUCGUGUUUCCUUUUGAGGUCUACAAGAUACCGAGGUCAAUAAUAAAACAAUAUAUAUAUAAUUUUCCCAAACAGUUUCGUAAUUUUAAACUGAACAAUGAUUUAAAUUACAAAAAACAAAUCGAUCAUGACGAAUAUGCCAAAUCUUUAGAAACCGAGAGAAAUUAUGAACAAUUAUUGAAACAGCUAAAAAAUAUUUUAACUUUUGCAUUAAACGGUAUGAAUAAUAGUCACGCAAAUGAUAUUAAAAGAUUUGAUGGACAAAAAAACUGGAAUCAACGACGAAAUUCAAAUGACAAUACUUAUGUCAACUCAAGUAACUCGUCCGAAGACAUGUCAGAUCAGUCGAUAAACUUUAGAUAUGAACAUGAUAGUUGUGAGCGAGGAAGGAGGAAAUGCGUUAAAGCCUGUAAAUCGGCUUACAGGGAGGCCUGUUAUUUGGAAGGUUGUCCUGAAGUGAGAGAAUUACUUAGGAAAAGAUGUAAAAAAGCCUGCAGAAGGUGGUUUGAUUAAUAAAGAUAUAUUUUUUUAA